AUGGCAAGUAUCAAAGCUCAAUAUGAUGCAGUGAAAUGUCGUGAAAGAGUACGAUGUGGAGGUUUCCGUUUCGUGAUACCAUGCAAAAACUUCGUUGUUCCAAAAUUCAAGUGUUGUGGUGGGAAGCAUUCUGGAGCUGACAUAGAGUACAAGGCGGAUAACUUCUGUCUAAACAACGAUGUUGUGGCUCAGACACCAUUACCACCUAUCAAGAGGCCUGGUCCUUCUUCUCAUGAGUCUUAUGAAGCAAACAGUACUAACUUCAGGCCGGCAAUACAGCCUCCUCCAAGCGCUACUUCUUCUUUUAACAGAGUGAAUUCCUAUGAUAACAAUGCGUGCAAUAGUUCGUUCGAUACUCCUAAUGUCCAGUCAUCUGCUUUGAGCCGCAACAGUUUUCGGGUAAACACCUCUUUUGAGCAUGCUCCGAUCAGUCGUCCGGUCAUUAUCGAAGACAGACCUAUGGAUGAUGUCGUUGACGAAUCAGAUGCUGAGGAAAUUAUGUUUUGUGACGAUCCCCGUGACGAUCCCAAAUUUCAAGAUGAUUCUUUCGAUAACGACGAUAUUCCAAUCACGGAAGAUAAAGUCGGGGAUGUCACUAUGGCUGGACAGUUCGGUUUUCCAGCGGAUAUGAUCUCCUCAACUUCUGCUGCUAGCACGAACAUCACAGCAAAUGACAGUUUCGACGAAUGUGAUAUUGUAGUUGGAGACUUGCCGAGCACAAGCUCCAGUAAAGCUACUAAGGUCUCAACUGAACGUCACGAUAUGCAUGGACAGUUUCGUGGAUUCUUGAAAGAUGAUAGCGAAGAGUUUGAGGAUGAAGUCGCCGUAUUGGGCCAAUUCCGUAGAGAUGAGUUGUACGACACCCUGAAGGCAAAGUUUGGUUUCAACUCGUUCCGACACCGACAGAAAACAGCUAUUAUUUCUAUUCUGAGUGGACAUGAUGCUUUCGUUCUUAUGCCAACAGGAGCGGGAAAAAGUUUGUGCUAUCAGUUACCUGCAGUUCUAUCUGAGGGAGUCACUGUGGUGGUCUCUCCAUUGAAAUCCUUAAUUGAAGACCAAAAAUUUAAAAUGAAGGAAUUAGAUAUUCCUUGCGAAGCUUUUACCUCCGAACUGACUCUUCAGCAGCAGGAUAUUAUAUACCAGAAGCUAACUAUGGAUCCUCCGCUCGUGAAGCUGUUGUAUGUCACUCCAGAAAAAAUUAGUGCCUCUCCCAGAUUGGCAACAGUGUUCUCCACACUACACAAAAGAAAUCACUUGGCUCGCUUCGUAAUCGAUGAGGCUCAUUGUGUUUCUCAAUGGGGACAUGAUUUCCGUCCUGAUUAUACCAAGCUCACAUCUCUUAGAAGAGAUUAUGCGGUCCCAAGAGUUCCGAUUGUGGCUUUGACCGCUACUGCUACUCCAAAGAUAGUUACAGAUACAAGAAAUCAUUUGGCAAUUCCACAAUCGAAGUUAUUCAUCAGUAGUUUCGUACGUACGAAUCUCAAGUACGAUAUUGUACCGAAAGCGGCAAAAACACUGGUAACGAUGAUCGAGAGGUUGAAACAGUUGUACCCCGGAAAGUCAGGAAUCGUUUAUUGCUUGUCGAGAAAAGAAUGUGAAACAAUAGCUGCUUCCUUAACGAAAAAUGGGAUGUCCGCUGAUGUUUACCACGCCGGACUUGAUGAUAAAAAACGAAUUGCUGUUCAACAUCGUUGGUUGGGAAAUCGAGUUGAUGUCAUCUGUGCUACUAUAGCUUUUGGAAUGGGAAUCGACAAACCAGAUGUUCGCUUUGUUAUUCAUUAUAGUUUACCAAAAUCAAUCGAAGGUUAUUAUCAAGAAACAGGUAGAGCUGGACGUGAUGGUUUACCUUCAUAUUGUGUCAUGCUCUACAGUUAUUGUGACUCAGUACGUUUGCGUAAAAUGGUUGAAAUGGAUGACAGUACCGUUGGUGUUCGUUCGAUGCACUUGAACAGCAUAUAUCAAGUAGUUGCUUAUUGUGAGAAUAUUUCAAUUUGUCGUAGAAAGCAGCUCGUGGAGCAUUUCGGAGAGGUUUAUGAUGCCCAAGCAUGUUUCACCAGUAGCACACCUUGUGAUGUUUGUGAGAAACGGAAGAAAGAUCCAGAAUCACUAAAGUUGUUUGAUUAUUCGGAUGAAGCCACAUUGAUAUUAAAAUCAUUAGAUAGAAUGGGAAAUGUCACACUAAAGUACUUAUCAGAGCUGUAUAGAGGUCAAAUGCAAAAAAAAACUGGCGAACAAGCGAUGCGUCUGGGUCAUACUAAUCUGGGUUUCUAUGGAAGAGGGGCCAGCAUGUCAGAUUUAGAUGCUUUGAGAUUUAUAAGAAAGAUGGUUGUGGAUGGCUAUAUAUUCGAAAAACUGUUCACUACUCGAAUGGAUCUCACAGUUGCUUAUGCUCAGUUGACAGACAAAGGAAGAGCUAUCUCUAAAGGACAAGCAACCGCUAAGGUCUUCUUACAUAUCAAUACUAGUGGAAACAAAAGAAAAUCAUUCAGUACAGAUGGAUUACGAAUAACCGCUGUUUCCGAGGCUCGAGCGCUGAAAGAGAAGCAUAUGGUCAAGCAUGCAGACAUCUUCCAAAGAUGUCUACGAGCUCUUCAAAACUUGAUCACUCAAAUUGCUGAAGAAAACAAUCUGCCAGGCAGUACUUCUAUUAUUUCCAGAGAAGGCAUCGAACAGAUAGCGGCUCUACUUCCGAGAACAAACUCGGAUUUACUUCAAGCGGAUACAAUGACUGCAAACAAGGUUGAAAAGUAUGGCCCACGAAUCAUGAGCGAACUAAAACCAUACUGGCUUGAAAUAGACGCCAGAGAUACAGCUGAAAUACAUGAACAAUUAGAAAAAUUGAAACAGAGAGAGGAAGUAAUGGGAGGAUUUGCUUGUAUCCCGUCUCAGCCUGUCAGUAGUCAAGCUCCAAGAGUGCCCGUAUCACGAUUUAGAGGUAAAUUUGGUAGAGGCGGUGGCCGAGGUAAAGUUGGUCGAGCAACUCCGAGGCCGAGAAAGAAAGGCAGCGGUGGUUCUUCUCAAACAUCACAAGGAACAAGACGGGCGACAAGAGGAGCUCGGGCUCAACCGAAGGCAGCACCAGGCCUUAACCCCAUGCUUUUUCCUUUUUAA